CCUGUGCGUCGUUUCUGGCCCACAUUGGACAGUCUUAGGCAAUUCUAAGGUUUUAUUCUGUGGGUUGGUGUUAGAAACAUAAUCAACAGGUGCGGUGGGGCAGUGGGGGAGGCGGUGCCUUUGCUUCCGGUUCCGGUCUGAGGCUUAGAGAGGGAAAGGGAGAUGUUGCGGGCACUGAGCAUGCGGGUUGGCUCCGCAUUCCUGGGACUCAGAAUUGCUGUGCGCACCAUGACUGGAGUGCCCACAGUCUCGCUCCCUGAACUCCGUUUACUCCUAGCCUCGGGCCGGGCCAGGCUCAUCGACGUGCGAUCUCGGGAGGAGGCAGCGGCUGGGACCAUCCCAGGCGCCCUCAACAUCCCUGUGUCUGAGUUGGAAAGUGCUCUGCGGAUGGACCCAGCUACUUUCCAGGCUUUGUACUUAGAGGAGAAGCCCAAGCUGGAAGAUGAGAAUCUUGUUUUCUUCUGCCAGAUGGGCAAGCGGGGCUUCCAGGCCACGCAGCUGGCCCAGGGCCUUGGAUACAUAGGAGCUCGAAACUAUGUGGGGGCCUACAAAGAAUGGUCUGAGAAUGACAGGUAGAAGGUGAUUUGCUGAUUGUCCCCGACUUCCAUUAGCCACCUUAACUACAGGUGGUAGGGCUGACUUGUUGGGUUGGGCAGUUCUUUAUAGUGUCUUACACAUAAGAGCAUCAAAUAAAGAGCAUUUAAUUAAAAUA